AAGUGACAAACACUUGGCCGCAUAAACACAAAUAACUCCCAACACCUGAAAGUGAAGAAAGCCAAGUCAUUAAAAAAAAUGCUGUCAUGCUCAAAUCACAAUUAAACGGUUAUUGUUCUCAUGCCAGUAUGAAGGCAACAUACUGUAGUCUGCAUCUGCCAAACACAGACAGGUAAAACAGAACUGAGAGAGUUGCUGCUGAGCAUUGCUAAUCUGAUUAUGUGACCUGAGAGGACAACACAUGAUCAGCUGAGAAAGAAAAGGGACGAGGCCAGGCAAGCUGCUCUAUACUUGCUUCCUUCCUUCUAGAAAAUGCCUCUAUUUAUAAACCGAGACCAAAUAUUUGCUCAUCAGGUACACCUGCUGGAGCACAAAUUAAGGAGUAAAGAGGAGAGAAUACUUGAACUGGAGACAGAGAAUGCCCUUCUUCAUUUAAGACUUGCAGAGUGUUCGGGUAGACAGCGCCGGGACCAUGAUGAGGGAACCAAGGCUGUGAACGAUCAUCAGCUUCAGAGUAGUACACGGAAGAUAACCCAAUCAGCCCUCAUCAAGCUUCUCUCAGGGGUUCAGGCUGUGAAGCAUGACCUGAGUGAGUUGUUUGCAGUGUAUGUGAGUUUUGCCACCGAGUUGGAGGAGCAGAGCAAGCAGCUCCUGGAGAAAGUAGAGCAAGCCAACUCAUCUCUGAACGGUCACAGUGAGGAUGGAUUUCAGAAUUUGCAGGUUCGUGUUGCAGCCCUGGAGCACUCUCUGGAGGAAGAAAGGGAGAACUGCAGGGCAGAGAGGCGGAAGCGGAAAGAACUUCACAACACACUGGUGGAGCUCAGAGGGAACAUUCGGGUUCACUGCAGGGUGCGUCCAGUUCUUCCUUUUGACCAGAUCCAGUCCUCAACUUCCGGAUCAGGGUCUGCAUCAUCAGAGGAAGUAAUCCAAGCAGUCAGUGAUGAUACAGUGAUGGUGAAUUGCAUGAAGGCGGGGAUGCUGGUGCAAAACAAAAUGUUUGAGUUUGAGAGGGUACACGGACCAGAGGAUUCCCAGGAGGCUGUGUUUGAAGAAGUCAAGUCACUUCUAACAUCUCUGCUGGAUGGCUAUAAUGUGUGUAUCAUGGCAUAUGGGCAGACAGGCAGUGGGAAGACUCACACCAUGAUGGGAUCCCAGUUCCUGGAUGAGCUCUCAGGGACACAGCAGGAGGCACAGCAGGGUAUUAUCCCAAAGGCUGCUGCUGAGCUCUUUCGGCUGAUCUCUGAGAAGCCUGCAGAAAGUCACACAGUGGAAGUGUCAGUGAUGGAGGUGUACAACAAUGAGGUGUUUGACCUGCUGGCCAGGGAUGAGCACAGCAAUGCAGCUGGCCAGAGACGGGAUGUCAUCACCACCGCCUCCGGUGCCAGCCAGGUCCCCUCCCUCACAUCUGAGCCCGUGAGUAAUGCCUCUGAGGUGAUGCAGAUUAUUAGCAGCGUUCUGAAGCUCAGAGCUCACUGUCCCACCCUUGUCCACGCGGACUCAUCACGCUCUCACCUCAUUGUGACCCUCACGGUUUCCUCCAAGAGUCCCAAUGCAGUGGCCCUGGCCCGCAGGCUACAGAGUGCGAAGAUGGACAUGCGGCGCUCCACCCAGAAAGAGUGGUGGAGUCCACGCUGUCGCCGUGCCAACCUCGCCGCCCACCACUCAGCGGACGAAACCUCUGCAAGCCCCGCGUCCUCUCCCUGCUCGACCCCGUCCCUUUCUCCCUGCCCCUCCCCGAGACACAGCAUCACUCAGACUCCGUUCAGGACAAAGCUUCAGCUGGUGGACCUGGCUGGCAGCGAGUGUGCUGGUAUGUCUGGAGUUUCAGGUGCAGCUCUCUGGGAGUCAUCAUGUAUAAACCGUAGUCUCUCGGCUCUGUCCGAUGUCCUUGGAGCUCUGGCUGAACACAGACCACACAUCCCUUACAGGAACAGCAAACUCACUCAUCUGCUGCAGGAUGCCAUAGGUGGUGAUGCCAAGCUGCUAGUGAUGCUCUGUGUCUCCCCGACGCAGCGCUUCAUCACAGAGUCCCUGCAGUCUCUUGGUUUUGGCACGCGGGCACGGCAGGUACAGAAGGAGCCACCCCGAAGAAAAAAUAAUAGCCUCAAAGUUAAAUAAGAAAGCAAAGGAAGAUCUUUAAUAUAGAUCCUUUAUGAGUCAUUACAACAGAUAGAAGGGCGAGUGUUAUAAUAGGGGCACAACAUUCACCCUUAUAUUCUAGCCUUAACUAGUAUAAGAGUAUUUUUGAUUUUGCAGUUAUUGGAAGUUUGGUUACUUUGUGCUGGAAGCAGAUCACAUUUUACCCUUUCCAGAGUACUGUUUUCCUUACUAAUAAUUAUGCAGGCAUCUUUUAAGAAACAUACAUAUUUAUGCAUUUACUUAGAAUUUAAUGUCCUAAAGUUUUCUGAAACUACUGAUUCUUAGGAAUGCUGUGUGCAAUGACAUUCUUGCAGUGCAUGUGUAGUUCAUGAUAUACAAACUUAGUACAUGUGAGAAGACUUUAUUAGCACUUUAUUAAAUUGAUUAAAGCUAAAAUAGAAAACAUGCCAACAGCAAACGGAACUGCACUAUAUAUGGAAAAACAAAAGCUGUUUUAAUCCUAAGGCAUUCUGCUGUAAAUUCAUUUCAACACUACCUACCCCUGCUUUGCCUUCUCUUUUGUUUUGGUUUUCCACCCCAGCAUUUAUGUUUACACAGUAUUUAUACACAUUUUUGGUUACAUAUUAAAAAUCUUUCUAAAGAUUUGAUGAAGUAGAAAAGUGUAUCCGUAUUAGAAAUAAACAGCUGACAUGCCUGUUCUUGUGUAAUCAGUCUUAAGAAUCCUAUAAAUAAAAAAAGACAAAUCAUUUAAAGUUUAUGGCUCACGCUUUAUAUACAAAUUACAGUGGGCUGUAGUUCCACUAAGCUCUCACUUCUGUGUAGAUAACACAGGGGGAUCCAUGCACGUGCAGGUAGGGAGCUAUAAAGUUAUUAGCCCAAUGCGACAUAAUGCAUCAGUGUGAUCCUAAAAUACACACCCUAAUGAUUAUUUGCAAAUGCAGUUUCAGGUCUGUUGACUCCAGUUUAAUGCUGGGAAGAAAAAUCACACAAUUCCCUCUGAAGUGAACCAGUUGGACAUCUUCCCAGCACGAAUAGAAUAACACACUGUAUCUGGUAAUUAAAUCUCUUUUUCAUCAGCUCCCCUUAGUUCCACACACUCGCACUUAUUAAUAAGGCUUCCUCCUACCAGCAGGCUGCAAACUGCGAAAUGUUGUGAUUCUCUAAUCCGUGCAGUCCCAAAGCUGGCAUGCUAUUGAGGCACGCAUGUCAUGUGCCACCCUGACAGGAAAACUGAAAGGCCCAAAGUGGGUUGUUUUUUUUUUUUUGUUUUAUCUUUUGUUUUGUCUUUUGAAAACAGCAGGCUUAGAGGAUAAAGAGUGACAGAAGAAAACAAAACUAUGACUUGAACAGAAGUGAGAAGAUAAUAAACAAGGAAACUACAGGAGUGUUUAGGGAGGUGACAGACGAGAGGAAAUGUGAAAAUGAGCUGAGAGAGAAACGGGAAUGAAGGAACGUAAGAGUGUGAAAGCACAUGUAACUGAACUUUUACUUCAACCUUCACUCUUUAUUUGCGUUAUUAUGUUUCUAACAGGAUGAGUUUUUGUACAGCGUUCAGGAUAUGGAUCAUCUGUUGAAAUUCUCCUUUACACAUAGAUUACCUGGAAACAGAUUGAUAGGUAAGAAUGUGUAUUUCCCAGCCGGUUGGUUAGUGUUUGUUGGAGGUGGCAGGGAGUCACUGUGAAACAUGUUGCUUAAGCCCCAGCCAUGCAGAUCUACAGACUGGUCAGUGACCCUCCCUAACAACCACAAUUUGCUAGGAAAAUAUAUUGGUUAGUGGUUGCUUGCAGUUGCUUGGUGAAAUUGGUUGCAAAAAACCCAAAAAACCUCGUUCUGAGUGCUUUGGUCUCUCAGCAGAUUAUGGCGAGCCAGGAAAGCCAAAUAUCACCAAAUAUCUCCUCAAACCCAUCUGUUGGCUCAGCUGGCAAUCAAGUUUAGCAAUCAGCCUUUAUUUGGUUCAUGUCAGCUGGAAAUAUUUCCUUCAAUUCCCCCCAAAUACUGGAAAUACCUUACAAUCUCCCAAAUUAAAUUUGAGUUGUCUCUUUUUUCUUAAUGAACAGAUAUUUGUAGGUUUUUCCACUAUAUUUAAGUAUUUAAUUCAUGUCAUAAUUAUAAAAGCAAAAUUGCACCAGCUUAAUGAAAGGAGCAACUCGUCUCUAAAAGCAACUGGUUCGAGGUCUUGGCCAUGAUCCAGUUACUUGUGAAUAAAUCUGCACUUUUGGAGGUUUAGGGGCCGCUGCUCUUAUUAAUUUCAUUUUUAAUCUGUGUAGCACACUGAGAAAUCA